AUGUCUCCAGCAUUAGAUCAAUCGUCAGCAGACGGACAGGCUUCGUCUCCUCGCCAACCUACCAACAAUCUCGCAGCAAACAACGAUACGAGGCGCAAAGGACCACCCCGACGCACCAGGGCACAGCUUGAGCGGAAACGGAUCCAGGACCGCGAGUCACAGCGCAAUGUGCGUGAACGCACCAAGAAGUAUAUUGCCAGUUUGGAGGAGAAGCUCGCCCGGUUAGAGUCCGAUACGUGCGUGGCAGACCUCGUGAGGGAAAACGAGGAACUUCAACGGCGGGUUCGGAUGCUCGAGGCCAAGGUACAGAGUAUCAUAGACGUCGCGACCAGUCAGGACAACAACAACAACAGCAGCAGCAAUAAUAACAACAAUGACGCCGUAGAUGGCCCGGCGAGGAAGAAACGGCGGCUGCCUUCCAACAACCAGCCUCGCGAGAUACAGUCGGAAAAGGAGCAGACGGACGACGAUCCACCCCCGGAAUACUGCACGACAUCACAACCGAAUCCAAAUCAUGGUCUCCCCGGUCACGAGAAAGAGGUUACCCAGGAAAACCACCAUAUAGAUAAUACCCACCACCUAGCCAACAACGAGCUUCAUCACCUCGAUCAACCUAGUCAAGGCUGUGAAGCCCUCAUAGACCCGCCCAGCGUGAACAGUGGAGACACAAUAGAGAUCAUGGUCGACGCCAACAAUGACUUUGGCAAUUGUUUCCUCGACACGUCUGCCGGGGAUUUCGAGGCAAGUCGGGACUUAUCCCAGCCAUAUUACGAGAGCGACCAUCCCAGGGGGCUUCCUUUCUUCGGAAACCAACUUGUGCUGCACCAGGGACAGACCUAUGCAGGCCAGCUAGACCUGGGCACAGACGAACUCCCUGCACUCAACAACAACAACUUCUAUCUGUCCCCGGACCCGCAGUUAUGGUUGGCCAACAAUAUCGCCCCCGAGAUGACGGCAGAGAGACUGGUCCCGAUACCGCAGAACUGCCCGCCCAGCAAUAUCUGGGAUGGCAAACUGUUCAAAUGUAUCAGUGAGCACCAGGCCCGGCUCGACGACGACCCUGCGCUGCGCGCGGCCCAUGACCCGGACGUGCAGAUUUUGCUGGGAGGUCACUACAGCAGCAGUCUAGCUACGGCGGACUCGCUGACUUUGUUUCUAACACCGCCCAUCAGCCAGUGGAACUUCAAGUUGCCCGAGAAGCUGGCGAUAUUCUGGCUGAAUUAUGUCCAUUUGAAGUACCGAAUCUCCCCCAGCGAAGAGAACUACAAGGCCCUCCCUCCCUGGUUCCACCCUCGCCCGUCGCAAUGUCGAGUCACGCACCCGAUCUUCAUCGACACGCUCCCCUGGCCGCAACUGCGCGAGAAACUCACGCUCGACCACCACGCGUACCCGUUCAACGUCUUCACCCCGUCCUUCUGCAGCUGUCUCAACGUCAACUGGCCGUACGACCCGGCCGCGACGUACGUACGGCAGGACGACGCGACGGGAGCCGUGCACCUGAGCCACGCGUUCAAGAUGCACCUGCACAAGCUGGAGAAUUGGUCUCUGAAGCCCGCGUUUGCCGAGUCGUUUCCGGAGCUGAGAAUCGGUCGUGCCACGGCCAGACUCUUUGCAAAGGAAGGAUGUCGCAGGAUAGCCAUUGCCGAUGUCCAGGCGGCGGCGCUGAAAAAGACUCGAGAGGAGCUCGAGGCCGAACAUAAAGGCGUCGAGGUCAUUGAUAUACCGACCGACGUCACGUCCGAGUCGUCGGUGACAUCCCUGAUCAAAUCGACGGUCGACCGCUUCGGCCGGGUCGACUACGCGUGCAACGUGGCGGGGAUCCUCCUCCCCGGCGUCACGACCGAGUACUCCGUCAGCCAGUGGGACAAGCAGUUCUCGGUCAACACGCGGGGGAUGUGGCUGUGCCAGCGGGCCGAGAUCACGCAGAUGCUGAAGCAGGAGCCCCUGCGCGCGUCCGACACGACGUUCCCCGCCCGUGGCUCCAUCGCCAACGUGGCGUCCAUGGCCGGGCUGCGCGUCUACGACAACCUGCCCGCCUACUGCGCGAGCAAGCACGCCGUGAUCGGCUUCACAAAGGCCGACGGCCUCCAUUUCGCCCGGGACGGCAUCCGGGUCAACGCCAUCUGUCCCGGCGUGAUCAAGACGCCCAUGCUGGGCGAGGUGCCCGAGGAGGACGACACGAAUCUCGACGAGAUGGUGCGCGAGAUGGCCAUGAAGAGGCAAGGAUUGCCCGAGGAAAUCGCCGAGGCUCUGGUCUGGAUCACGAGCGGGCGAGCCAGCUUCGUCACGGCGACGACCCUGGCGCCUAACGGAGGUGAGCAAGCACUUUCCCGACCGGGAGUAUUUUGA